AUGCAACGUAGAUUGGAUGAGGAAGCCCGGAAAGCUGGUACUGUCGAUGCUACCCCAGAUGUUUCCAAAAGUGCUUUGAAAGACAGGUUGAGGGAGAAACUUGACCUAACCAACAAGAAGAAGGAUGCAAACCAGGCAGGUCUUGUUGCAACUCCCACGCCCCCACAAGGGGGGGGCACCCCGAGCCCUAGCUCUGCCCUGCCCACACCGCCGUCGACCGGCCCGAAAGAUGUGCUCGUGCCCGUGGUGCCGGUGACCGACAUGAGAUUUAGUUCUUCUACUCACCCUGCUGCCUGGCAGUUCCUUUACAGGUUGACCAGGAAGUCAGACCAGUGUGACAAAGCCAUCUAUGAUGCAUGGCAUGCAGGUGGACCAAAGAGAGAUCAUCUACUUCGAGAUUUUGUCUGCCGCUGCUACACACCCACUGAUGACUUCGCAACGAACAAGGCCAAGCUUCAGUGUUUGGUCACCCUUCGCAACACAGCGAAGUCCUGGCGCCGCAACUUGCAGGGUUACUCAUGGCAUACUGAAGAAGAACUCAAGACCACCUUGGGUUGGAAUGAGAAAUGCAUCUAUGAUGACAAAGCCAUCAAAUACCUCGUCCAGGUCCGGGAUGAUGUUGAGGCUGGUGAUGAAAAAAUGAAAGAACUUGAACAAGAGAUGAAAGACUGGGGGAUUUACGAUACGGACUUUUCCCUUGGAGAUGUGAUGGACGAUGACGACACUGAAAGCUCCGCUGGUGAUGCAAAACCCAAAAAAAAGAUGGUGGAUUUUCCUGCUGUUGAGGGGGAAGAGUCCCUUACCGAAUACAUCGGGGCUUACAAAAAAUCAUGUCUUGCGAAAAAAGCUCUCCUGAAGACCACACGGGAACGGUUGGAAAAGGACAGUGCCAAGGGGCACGAGAGCAAGCUGAGCAGCUUGUACCAGGAGCUUGGAUCAGUGGAGGUUGGCCCGAAUGGCCGGGAGAAGAAAGCCUAUGCAGCAUGCUGUGAAAAGAUCCGGGUAGAGUGCAUUAACUUUGGCAACAUCCAUGCGCAGGUGAAGAAUCCCAACUGCAUUCAACAACAAUGUUAA